CUCUGCACUCGAGACACAACUUGCAUCACAUCCAUCAUGGUUCCCAUGAUCGACCUUGGCUAGCUUGGCUAGAGCUUGUUUCUGAUCUUUACGAUCUUAACGUAGAUCGAAUGAUGGCCUACCGGCCUUAAUCCCUACACCCCUUUUUGUUGCUGGCUCUUCUUGGACUUCAAAAGCAGAACUCUUGGCCUUCGAUUUCUUAUUUUUUUUUCUUCUAUUCUUCAAUUCCUAUGGAACCUGUUGUCCGCGACAACAUUCAUUCAGCAGUUGUUUCUUUCUAGUUUCCUUUCUCUCGUUGCUUGUCAACCUUUACCUUCGCCCUUCUUUGUAUAUUCUUACAUUUUUUUCUUAAGCCGACCCCUUCUAGUCGAACCGUCAGACGGGUUGGAUCUUUUCUUUCCAUAUCACUUCUUUCGUUCAAACCACCUGGUGUGGUCGUACUUAUAUUAUUCGCAUAAAAAACUUUAUACUUCUAUUCUUUCCAAGGGAUUAUAGGAAGAUGCAGUCUUUCGCUAAAUUGGUUCUCCUUUUUGGGCUUCUAGCCUUAUCUUCUGCUUCGCCAGUGAAGAUUCAAAAACGAGGUGUAUACAAGGUCGAACGUGUGGCGAACCCGAACUACACUGGUCGCAAUGGCCCUCGAGCGCUACUGAAGACUCUCCGCAAGUACCGGAUGCCAAUUCCAGCCUCCGUCGCAAAUGCUGCGCAGCAACAGAGCGAGAUGAUCUCCAAAAGAGAACCUCGCCAUAAGAAGGGUCGCAAGGGAGGUGCUGCUGGGGCUGCUGCUGGGGCUGCCGCUGGGGCUGCCGCUGGGGUAGCUGCGUCUAACGGAACUGGCUCUGUUACAGCCACUCCUGAGGCCAACGAUGUUGAAUACCUUUCUCCAGUUAAUAUUGGUGGACAGACUUUGAAUCUCGAUUUCGAUUCUGGUUCUUCCGAUCUGUGGGUUUUCAACACCCAGCUCAGCAAUGCCGCGACCCAGGGUCACACGGUCUACGAUCCUACCAAAUCCAACACUUUUGCCUUAAUGCAGGGUGCCUCAUUCCAGAUAUCUUAUGGAGAUGGCUCAGGCGCGGCGGGAAAUGUAGGGACUGACACUGUGGAUCUUGGUGGUGCCACUGUCACCCAGCAGGCUAUUGAGCUGGCCACCGCCGUUUCUAAGUCCUUUGUCGAAGAUACGAACAACAACGGUCUACUAGGUCUUGCAUUCAGCAGCAUUAACACUGUCCAACCGCAGCAGCAGAAGACGUUCUUCGACAACGUCAUGCCCUCGCUCGCCGAACCCCUAUUCACUGCUGAUCUCCGUGCACAAGCAGCUGGCGCUUAUGAAUUUGGCACUGUGGACACUUCCAAGUUCACCGGUGACAUGACUUGGGUUCCUAUCAACAACACCGCUGGCUUCUGGCAGUUUACCAGUGAGCAGUUUGCUAUUGACGGUGGCGCGGCACAGACUUCUACGGCUGGGGCGCAGGCCAUCGCUGACACCGGUACCACCCUUCUUUUGGCCGAUCCCGCAGUGGCGAAGGCAUACUAUGCGCAAGUUGAUGGUGCUGUAGAUGACCAGGAGCAGGGUGGCUUUACGUUUCCCUGCGAUGCCCAAUUGCCCGAUCUUCAAUUGGACGUUGGUGGCUCUAUGGCAACUGUCAAGGGCACUGACAUCAACUUCGCACAGGUCGAUCAGCAGACUUGCUUCGGAGGUCUCCAGGCCACACCAGCUGGCUUACAAGUAUAUGGCGAUAUCUUCUUCAAGAGUAACUUUGUCGCUUUCAACGGUGGUAACAACUCGAUUGGGUUUGCGCAGCAUAUUUGAACGUAACUACGCUUAAUGAUUACCCAUAUAUCUCUCGCUUGUUUACGAGCAAACGAUAGGUACGAACUGUAUAUACGAUUUGAGGAUUUACUUUCACCGGUGGGGAUGAGUUAGGAUAUAGUAGGCAUAGAGAACGUGCUGGGA